AUGAACCCUCCCGAAUUUCAUUGCUCUAAAGUUGAAGAGGAUCUCCAAAGGUUUACCGGUGAUGUUUAUAAAGUUCUUGCUAUUAUGGGGGCGUCUUCGGAAAAGAAGGAGGAGUUAGCCGCCUACAAACUAAAGGAUGUUGCUCAAUCCGAUGGAAAAGUUCGACUAAGGUUCAAACAAAGAUUUUCCAACAAAGGCUCCUCUAGUGCUCCAAGGGUCAACAAGGAUAGAGUUUCCAACCCAAAACCUCAAGGAGGUAACGGUGGUGGUUAUUAUGUGGCUAGACCUAAUUGUGCAAAAUGUGGAAGAAGACAUGAUGGUAAGUGCCUAGUUGGCACCGAUUGGUGCUUUCAUUGUGGAAAGAGUGGCAAGAAGAUGAGAGAUUGUCUAAUGCUCAAGGUUAAGGUAAGGGAAGAUAAACAAGCUCCUCCAAGCGAUUCAAACUCCAAUGCCCAAAAGCAAAACCGCUUUUAUGCUCUUCAAUCCUGA